GCGUUUGCUUCUUCUUUUUAGGCUGUAACUUUAGAAAAGAAAUCACACUUGAUUGGUAAAAUUUUGAUGUAACUUUAAAUUUUAAAAUUAGAACUACAUAAUGAUUGGUUAGAUAUUUUACUUUAAACUCCAACCAAUCAACCACGUCAAUUUUAUUUCAUUAAACGUACAUGAACUUAUUUGAAAUAGAUUUUGAACCGUAUUCACAUCAUUUUCGCCAACCUCGUCAAGAACACAAUGGCUUGCAGAGCGAGAGAACUUGUAUCGUUGUUUUUGUAUAAGAUUUGUGAUCCUAGAAGAUCUGAUUACAAAAUUGAGGAACAUGUGGGAGAAGAAGCAGAGGCAAAACUCAACAGGCUGAGAACAAGCACCCUAGUUCAUGAACUGGAAGCAGAUGCAGAACUCAAGAGGCUGAAAACACCUUUAAAGAAACCAGAAGCACAACUCAAUAUGUCUGAGGCAGAAGAACUCAAGAGUUUUAGAGCAAUCCUAGAGAGCAGUAGUGGAUCCUCUGAGAAGCAUAACCAAGAUUUUGUCCUUCCCGACGAUCUUGUACGUCUCAUAUUGCCCCGUCUUGCUAUGAAGGACAAUAUACGCUGUUCUGUUGUGUGCAAGACAUGGAGUGAAAUUGCUGCUGCCUCUGUCCGCCUUAAAGAUAGACCUUACUGGCUUAUGUAUCUUAUUACAUGUAAUAAUACCCGCGGGGGAGUCUCCUACGGUUUUUACGACCCUAUAGCGAAGAAGAAGACAAAGGCAAUGACUGUACCCGAGUUAUCCAUGGAUUCGAAAAUCUUUUGUUCCAAUGAUGGUUGGUUACUCAUCAAAGACUAUUCUCCACAUGGCAACCUUUGCUUCUUCAAUCCUUUUACCCGAGAGCGCAUAAACUUGCAUUUUCCUAAACACACGAUAUGUAGCACGACAUUUGCUUUCACUUGUGCUCCUACAAAGACGGGUUGUUUGCUGGUUGGUAUUGAAGGUUUCCCGGAUAGUGUUAGUGUAUACACCACCAUCAGCACUUGGCAUCCUGGUGCAGUUACAUGGGUACAUGAGGAGUUUCGUAACGAGAUUUCUUCUCACUCUAGGCACACACAAAACAUAAUACAUUCGGAUGGUCUCUUUUACAUGGCUACAGAAAUUGCGUUAGGGGUAUUCGAUCCAUCUGCGCGUACGUGGACCGUUCUCCCUAUGCAACCCAUCCUUGGCGUUGGCCCUCGGAUGAGAACAUUGAGGUGGAUGACUGAAUAUGCAGGACAGAUAUUUCUUGUAGAUGCAUCAUAUGUGGAGCCGGUGGUGUUUAGGCUUAACCAAGUGGAGUCGGUGUGGGAAAAGAAAUCAACACUGGAUGGCUGCUCAAUAUUUGUGAGCAAUGGGUCAUGCGUGAUAACCUCAGGGUCAAUGAGUAACAUUCUCUAUAUCUGGAAUAAUGAUAUCAACGGGAGGCGUCCAACCAAGUAUAUGUGUACCUUUAAACGUAAUCGCCCCUACAAGUAUUCUUUAUAUAACAGGAGUUUAUGUGAAGAUCCUGAAGGGUAUUACUUUGAAUAUCGGACAAGGAGGGAUAUAGAUGGUGUCUGGAUCGAGCCCCCCCAAGACGUCUCUAUCUAUGAUUUCUCCAUUAUUGAUCCCUCUGUUGCCAUAAAUACAUGUCUUUUUUUUUUGAAUUUUCAGCUUGAUCUAUUCCUCUUUAAGAUCUAAAGCUUUAUUUUUAUUGCAUCUUAUCAGAUAUGUUGUGUAUUGUGACAAUGAAGAGAUGACUAUGCUGUUUCUAUGUAACUAGAUACUUUUUUUGUUAAAAAUGGCUCUUUGGAUUUUGA